AUGCCUUAUUUUCAGGAGAUGAGCUGGCAGGAUGUUAAUAACUGGACGAUGUAUGGCGGUUCGUUUCUAGGCACGCAGAAAUCUUUGCCUACCAAAAAUUUGGAGAAGGUAGCGGAACAGUUUAGAAAGUUUAAUAUCCACGGUCUGUUGAUGAUCGGUGGUUUCGAAGCAUAUCAUUCUUGUCUGAUCAUGGCUAACGAAAGGACCAGGUUCAAGGAAUUCUGCAUACCGAUGGUCGCUAUUCCGUGCACCAUCAGCAACAACGUUCCCGGCAGCGACUAUUCGAUUGGUUCAGACACGGGAUUGGACGAAAUCUGUACACUUAUCGACAACGUGAAGCAAUCGGCUAUUGGGACCAAGCGGCGUGUAUUUAUUGUAGAAACGAUGGGCGGUUAUUGUGGAUACUUGGCUACGUUAUCAGCCCUUGGCUCUGGCGCAGACAACGCGUACAUUUUUGAAGAACCGUUCUCAGUGGACGACAUCAAGGAAGACGUUCACGUUAUUGCCCAGAAAAUGCGGAAGGGUGUCCAGCGCUAUAUCAUUAUGCGAAACGAGAACGCCAAUCAGAACUACACGACGCAGUUCCUCAUGCAGUUGUUCAGCGAAGAAGGGAAAGGCGCUUUCACCACUCGCAUCAACGUUCUUGGUCACGCGCAACAGGGCGGUAGCCCGUCACCGUUCGAUCGCAAUAUGGCCACUCGCAUGGCCGCGCACGCCGUCGAAAAUAUCGUCGACAUCUGCAGACAGUGUCGACGAGAGGACGGUUCAGUUUACACGAUGGAUAGAGAGAGCGCUUGUUUGUUGGGCAUGGUGGAUCGUCAUUCGAAGUUCACAUCCGUUUUCGAUCUGAGUGAGAAAACCGAUUUCGAACAUCGCAUGCCAAAGCAGAGCUGGUGGCUAAAGCUCAGGCCGCUGCUCCGAAUUCUCGCCAAACACGACAGCAUAUACGAAACUGAAGCUGUCAAGAUCGAUCUGAAAUAG